CAGUGUACACUUUCUGAAAUCGACUCUAAUCUGUGUCAAACCUCAAAUGAAAUUUUGGGUGUUCGGUAGACGGGUCGUUAUAACUUUUACUUGGCGCCCAUUUCGAAAAUAAAUUUUAUUUAAAAUAGUAUCAUAUCGUUUAAGGUUAAUUAUUAGAAACUUAAUAAAUAAGUCUUCAAUUAAUAAUUUACAUAGCGUCAACUAAAAAUGCUUUUUUAAAUAAUCCAUCUAAAUAAGUGUAAAAUCAAAUCAACUCAAAAUGAAGAUGAUAAUUAUAUUUUUUAUAUUUGUAUUGAAAAGUAUACAAUGUGAACCAUUACCAAUUGUGUUGUGGCAUGGAAUGGGAGACACAUGCUGUUUUUCUUUUAGCUUAGGAUCAUUCAAAGCAUUUCUUGAAGACCAAAUUCCAGGUGUUUAUGUAAAGUCUCUUAUGAUUGGUGACUCCAUUAUAGAAGAUAUGGAGAAUGGUUACUUCAUGUACCCAAAUAAACAAGUUGAUUAUGUAUGUGACAAGCUCUCAAAGGACCAAAAAUUACACAAAGGUUUCAAUGCUAUUGGAUUUUCUCAGGGAUGUCAAUUCUUCCGCGCUGUAAUCCAACGAUGCGGUGACAAGAUACCAGCGGUAAAGAAUUUCAUCAGCCUCGGAGGUCAGCACCAAGGAGUGUAUGGUCUACCUCAUUGUGGUGCUCUCCAGCAUCAGACGUGUGACUAUAUUAGGAAAUUGUUAAACUAUGGUGCUUAUUACAGUUGGCUCCAGAAGUCCUUAGUACAAGCGACGUACUGGCACGACCCGUUAAACGAAGAGAAAUACAAAAAGUACAGCGAAUUUUUGUCUGAUAUUAACAACGAAGUUACAAUAAACCAGACAUAUAUUGACAAUUUAAAUAGGCUAGAACAUUUUGUUAUGGUCAAGUUCGAUAAUGACACAAUUGUUCAACCCAAAGAGACUGAAUGGUUCGGUUUCUAUGCGCCGGGGCAGGCAAAGAAAUUGAUUACCUUGCAAGAAUCGGAUUUGUAUCUUAAUGAUCGCUUGGGCCUGCAGGAAAUGGAUAAUGCUGGAAAGUUGGUAUUUCUCUCAGUGCCAGGAGAUCAUAUACAAUUUUCUGAGGAUUGGUUCGUGGAAAGUAUUCUGACUCCAUACCUUGCUUAGAUCAUUCUCAUGUUUUUUAUGUUAAUCAACAUUUUACAUCGUAGACAAAAAUUAAAGAAUCUCAAAGAUAACUGUUAUAUGAAUAAAAAGUUUACUCCCAAAAUAU